GUUUAGAACAAAUCUUUGGUGCCUAAGUUUGUAGACUUAACACCAAACUUUACUAUUCACGUAUGGCUUUUUUUGGAAACGACAUUGUUUGAUUCUUUUAUUUAUUUAUUUAUUUUUACUGGUAAUGAUUUUAAAGCAAAGGUACAUGCAAAUAAAUGCAACCCUGAUUAAAGCGUGGAACCUUUAAUCGUGGAACCAAAUAUCAGCUCCUGUUUCCACCGAACAUUUAGCCGGAACACCAGUUGGAUCCAUGUGAAAUGUAAUUUAGAAGCAUUGAUCCUGAAGGAUGGCAGCGAAACGUCUGUAUAUCGGUGGCCUGAGUCACACUAUAUCCCAGAAGGAUCUGAAGGACAGAUUUGGAAAAUUUGGUGAUGUGCAAGAUGUGGAACUCUUGACAAGAAAGGAUGACGAUGGAGUCCCCUACAAGACAUUUGGAUACAUCAAUAUAAAAAUCUCUGAUGCUGAAUAUAAGAGAUGUGUGACAGUGUUGAACAAGUCAAAAUGGAAAGGUGGGACGCUGCAGAUUGAAGUGGCCAAAGAAAGUUUUUUACACAGACUAGCCCAAGAGCGCCAACAAGCUGCAGAGAAGCCAGAUGCACAAAAGAAGAAGGACCAGAAAGAGAAUUUAGUAGAGUCCUUGAAGAAGGCUGGAGUGGAGAACUAUCAUAUGAAUGCAGCUGUCCCAGGAACAGAGGUCCCUGGCCACAAGGAUUGGAUCGUCAGCAAAUUUGGACGAGUCCUUCCAAUCUUACAUAUCAAAUGUCAAGGCAAGAAAAAUAUUUUUAAGUACGAUCCAUCAAAGCACAGCCACAACAUCAAGAAGCUGAAUAAUUCAGCUGACACUGUGAGCCUCACGCCAGUGUCCCAGCUAAGCUGGGAAAUACUGGAGGCCAAUGAUGAAAUGAGCAAGAAGAGAAGAGGAGAGUUUCCACCACAGAAAGCCCUCUCAACUAAAAUUCAAAAUGAUUUGCCAGGCAAAUUAACAGCAAACGCUCAUUCUGAUGUGGACAUGAAUGGUGAAAAUCCAAAAGCCAGCGGGAAAAAAUGCACGGGAGAAAAUGGACUAAAUACAGUUAAACAGAAACCAGCUCCAAGGAAGCCUCCACUCCCCAGUGUGCGCAUAUUUGACGGUGAAGAUGGAUCUGACGAAGAAAUAAGGUUGCUGGUCUCACAGCAUCAUUCACAGGAUGGCCUGGCAGGGGAGGAUGAUGAUGAUGAAAAAUUAGAGGUGGUUGGAGACGAUUACAUGCCGAUACCCAAACGAUCCUGCCCACUACAGAAAACCAAACCUAACCAUCAACGUUCUGAGGAGGACUAUGACUCGGCAGACACUGAUGAAAUCCUCACAUCCAGGAAAACAGCAACAGGUCCCGAACAGAAGAAGUCCGAGUCAUCUUGGAAAACUGCUCCAAGACCAGUGAACGAUUCUGAAAAACACACGGCUGAAGUGAAAACGUCUUGUAUGAAGGCCCUCUCUAAAGUGAAACCACAUCUCUCAGAGUUGGAAUGUGGUGAUGGGGAUGAUGAGGGUGACGAUGAAGAAUCUGAAGAAAGCGGGGAUUCCGAUUAUGAGGCUAUGUUUACUGACUGUCACAGAUUAGAGAUUUCACUACAAUAUUUGGAGCAGCUUGCAAAAGAGUCCUCAAACAGAAUAGAUGAGGACAGUGAACAGGACUCUGAUGAACAAGCUGGACCCAGUCAAGUCUCUGAGGUUUCCCCGGUACAAAACACCAUUGCAUGCAAGUUACCAGUGCCUAAAAAAGGGACAACACCAGAGGAGAUUCUAGCAUCCAUAUUAGGAGAGGACAGUAGUGAUGAGGACACAAAGAACAAGAAGAAGAAGAAGAAAAAGAAAAAGAGGAACUCUUCAAUACCUCUCCCUGCCUUCCAGGGGACAAAGCAUCUCAUAGGGAAUUUACAAGGUCCAGAGGAAAACAGUUGUCUGAAGCGUCCACUUGACGACAAAAGCAAGACCGACGCGUCGUCCAAAAAACAGAAGCUCGAAACGGUCAUGGAUCCAAGUGAGGUUACCUUAGUGAAAUCCUCUGUCACAAAAGCACAAACGAUCUCGAGCGGUGGCAGCUCCUCCAGCGAGCUGUCGGGGAGUAGUGGAGAAGAGGACGCCUCGGAAGAAGAAGAUGGAGGGUCUGUUAAGGACUCAGAGACUCGAUUAGCUAAGCAGGCGCAAGAGACGGCGGACCUGUCAGGGAGGCCACAGAGGGUCAUUGUCCCAGAGAAGCAGCUGCAGGACAACCAGAAGCGCCUGGCUGCUAUGGAGCAGAGGCAGAAAGAGGCAGAGCAGCAGAAGAAACUCAUCCAAGGAGCUCUGGCUAAAGUGGAUACACCAACAGCAGAUAAGAGCAAACAUAUAGUUUUUGGCUCUGACGAUGAAAGUGAUGAGGCAGAACUGAGUGCCUCAAAUGUUCCAACACCUAAGAAGAAGCUGUUUCAGAACAGCCCAUCUAGCGAGGAGGAGGAUUCCAAUAGGGAGGAACUGCCUUCCAGCAAAAAAGCAUCUGACCAAGAAAAGAAAAAUGCCAGUAAACUAUUUGGUAACAGUGAGGAUGAAGAUGAAGAUGAAAAUGAGGACAGUGAGAUGUUCCAGAUCAAACCCCAGUUUGAAGGCAAAUCUGGCCAGAAGCUCAUGCACCUGCAGUCGAGGUUUGGAACAGAUGAGCGGUUUCACAUGGAUUCAAGGUUCCUUGAGAGUGAUAAUGAAUCAGAGGCACCAGAGAAUAAAUCCACUCCGAAUGAGUGUGAACUAGACGAGGAAAAGAAGAAGAAUCUGGAUAUCCUACAAAACCUGCUCAAAAUGAACACCCUGACCACCGGCAGCAGCAAAGCUCCUGCCAAGGGCAUGACGUUCAGAGAUAUUUCCACAUUGCAAUAUGAUCCCACGCGUGAGGACCAUGCAGCCUUUGAAACAAAGCCUGUGCAGAAGGAAAGUAAAGCUGCGAGACGUAAGAAACGGGAGGAGGCAGAGAAGAUUCCGGAGGUGUCCAAGGAGAUCUACUAUGAUGUUGCGGAAGACCUCAAAACAGUUUUUGGAAGCACAAAGCAAAGUGAAAAUGUGGUGAAGGACAUUGCGUGGGACAAAGAGGAGGAGGUAGGAGGAGAGGGGGAGGAGGAGGGAGGAGAGCCGAGUCAGACAGCAGAAGCGGACACAUCCCUGCUGGCGCCUUGUCUCCCAUCAAAUGCUGAGAAGGACGAAUAUUCUGGCUUCAAGUUCUCCUUCUUUGGCGACAACGCAGAGGCAGAUAACGCCACUGAGAAAGAGGAGUACAAGGUGGAAACUCUGAGGGCGGUGAAGGUAUCAUGGCAGGCGGACCCUCGCUUCCAGGACAGCAGCUCGGAGGAGGAGGAGGCUGCAGACGAGGACCAGAUUACUGCUGCUGAAGCCACGAGGGAAGAAGUAAUCCCAAAGAAGAAGUUUUUCUUCUUCCACAAAGAUGAUGAGCGAUUGAUAGAGGGUCCCAAAGCGUUUUGUAGAACCACCAAGCUUGAGGAUCAGAGGGAGAAGUGGGAGGAGAAUAGGGCGUCUCUUGUAGAGGAGUAUCGCAAAAAGCACAAGGAUGCCAGAAGAAAACUUAAAGCCUCUCAAAGGACAACAUCCAUAUGACAAGGUCUCUCCAUUCAAUGUAUAUAAAACCAAACGUGUCUUUAGUAAGUGCAACUUGAAAAUCAUGAUUCCCCAUACAGUUGUCUCUUCCAUUCUCAUCCACUAGGGGGCAGAAGUAGGGCAGCAUUUCCUCAGACUCACGAGGUCUUGUUUACUCGGUCUUCCUCCCUUCAACUGCAUUGUUUUGCAUACAGUUUGGAAUAACUGUCAUAAGUAAUGAACAUGAUGCAUUUUAAUUUGCUUUGGUGUAAAGCAUUGUAAUACCAUUUUGCAUAAACUAAGAUACAAUAUAAUAAAUGUUUUUGGUCCCAUACCCUUUCUAAUCAUGUGUGCAUAUCCCCUUAACUUUAUACACAUCUUAAGGCAGUGUUGUGAAUGAGCAUAUUUUAUGAAAGUGUUCUAUACAAGUCUAUUUAAAUAUCUACAUAUUUUUUAUGAAUUUAUCUUAGUGUUCUUAAGCAGUGCAACUAAAGUGCCUACUUGACAGCUGGAUAGUUUGCUGACAGCACUUCUGAUAGCCUUAUCAGUUUCCAUUGCAAAGCCUUCAGGUGAAGUUACACUGUAGUAAUGCAAGAACAUGCACCCAGGUGAAGGUAUAAGAAUGCAAAAUAAUUAUAUAUAAUAAUAAUAAUCAGAUAAUGCACCCAGUUGUAUUUGAAAGUU